UGUUUUAGUGCUUUGGUUUAAAUUAAUUGUCAUCUUUCGUCAGUCUAUUAUCUUUGGAAAAACAUCCAACUGUUGAUUUGUUUUGUGCAUCCAUUUAUCUGAAAUAUAAAUCAUUUUACAAUUUUAUCAGAAUUAUUUCUAUUUGAUUGGUAUGCAAUGUUUGAACAAGAUUGUUUCAUUUAUAAAUUGUGACUUUUCUCAGUAAAUUGCUCAUUUUUAUUCAAAGCCAAACAAUUGACAUUUCAAGUGAUUUACUCGUUUGAAAUUUGAAUCUAGGAGUAACAUUUAAUGAAAGCACAAGAUGGAGCUAUAAAUAAAGAUUUAUCUUUAAAGAUUAGUAUCCAUGGUGAGAGCUCCAGCUGUAGGUUAAAGAUUUUUAUCGGGUGAAAUUUAGUAUUUUAGACUUUCUUCAAUAUUUUGUUUAAGUUAAUUUAUUUGAUUCUUAUUAGUAAUUGUAUAAAAUAGUGGCAUCUUUAAGUGAAGAUCAUCCCUAAUUUAUACCUAAAUGAUGUCCGCAGCGACAGUGCCGAAACUCUAUCGCUCUGUAAUUGAAGAUGUUAUUAAUAGUGUUCGUGAUAUGUUUUUAGACGAUGGAGUUGAUGAACAAGUUUUAAUUGAUUUGAAGCAAACUUGGUACAAAAAAGUAGAAGAAACAAAAGCUCUAAUCGAUGAGAAUAAUAAAGAUAAGGGAGCUUCAACGACCGGGGCCUCUUCCAAUUCAAGCUUAAGCACAACUACAACUAUCACCCCAGCAACUCGUCCGGUUACUACACAACAGCCUCAUGUUACAACCGUAAUUUCAUCGAAUCCAAGCCGUCAUAUUACAACAGGUAGCUCCGCAUUAUCUACACAGACUCAAAUUACUCAAGUAAUUACUUCAAAUCAGCCUCGUCCACUUACAUCUGGAGGGUCGUCGCUGUCCCAACCAGCGCAAAUCACUCAAGUAAUUACUUCCACCCAACCUCGUCAACUUAACACUGGCACAUCCUUAGGUCAGCAAACACAGAUUACUCCAGUAAUUACAACGAAUCCAACUCGUCACAUUACCACUGGCAGCUCUGCAUUACCGCAGCAGCUAAGUUUUCCUCAAACUGUUCUUCAAUUCCCUUCUGGAGAUCGUAUUGAUGGCUCUAAGUCAGUGCCUCAAAAAGUUUUCUUUCUCAAUACACAAACUCCCGGAUUAAUGAGCUCUUCUGCUGCAACAGCUAGUUUAGCAUUACCUCCUGAAUUGGCCAAUAGUAUACUUCAACAAGCUACCUUUGGUAGUGGUACUGUCAUUAACAUUCAAUCAGCGCAGCCACAAGAAUCAGUUGUCCGACAUACGAGCAAUCCUACUUCUGUUAUUAAUGGUCCCACAACUAUCCAAUUUCAACCUGCUGCAACUAAUUCCGUUAAUCAGCGAACCACAAGGCCUCCUCAACCCAAUAGUUCAGGAACCACAACAAAUAUUGUUCAGCUAGAUGGUCCUAAUGACAAUAGUAGUGACGAAGAUGACGAUGAUGACGAGUUCCGUGAUAAUGAUGAUGAUCAUGACGACAACGACGAGGAUCAAAAUGAUGAUGAAAAUGAAUACACAGGCGAAGAAGAGGAACCAUUGAAUUCUGAAGAUGACGUCAGUGAUGAAGAUCCUCAUGAGCUAUUUGAUACUGAUAAUGUUGUGGUUUGUCAAUAUGACAAAAUCACUCGAAGUCGUAAUAAAUGGAAAUUCCAUUUGAAAGAUGGUAUAAUGAAUCUCCAAGGAAAAGACUAUGUUUUUCAAAAAGCUAUUGGUGAUGCUGAAUGGUGAUUUUUUUGUUAUGUUCAUUAAACGUGAUAAAAGUCAUCCGAUCAAUGGAGAGGACCCUUUUGUUUAAAACUAAAAAUUCGUUUAAAUAUGGAAAAGCACCCAACCUGAUAUAGCGUUGAAUUCAUCUUUGUUUUGAGAUCUCUUUUUUUAAAAGGAUAAUCCUUCUCUGCAAGUUACUUAUCUUUACGCUUCAUUACUUUUUUGGCCUUUGUCUCUGCAGAGAAAUUAACUCCACAAUCAUAUGUUUUGGAUAAUCUUUAAAUAAUUUAAUGGUAAAGAGAACUGAAUGAGGAAGCAAAGAUUAUGAAGAACAAAAAAAUUGACUAAAUAACAAAACAAUUAAUCAAAUCGAUCAUCACAAAUUGGAUGCGUGUACCAUUCGAAUAAAUCAUAAAAUUGUCGAAAAAGGCUCUUAAAAAUGAGUCAAAUUGAAUGGACUUUGCGUGUACCAAUUUGUUAUUAAUUAGCUCAUAUGAUUUAAAAGCGUUUAAUCGUGAAAUACAUUUGCUUAUUUAAUACA